AUGAUAACGUCGAACACUUGUAUAGACGUCGUUAUGGCAGCCCAUACUACUGAGCUUGAAAUUGCCAAGAAACAUUUAACUGAAGCAAUUGGUGAUAAUGUUAAACAUUACUGGGCGAACUUGAAACUGUGGUUCAAACACAAGAUAAGCAAGGAAGAGUUUGACAUCGAGGCUCGUCGCCUUUUGGCACAAGACAACGUUCAUGUCCACAAUGACUUUCUCCUGGCCAUUCUCACACGUUGUCAGAUAAUCGUCUCCACACCAGAGGGUGCUGGAUCUUUGCAGUGGGCAGGUAGCUCAGCCUCCAAGCCUGGCAAGCCUGCCAAAGGAAAAAAGAAGUUCUCCUUCAGACAGAAAUUUGAUCAUCGUUUCCAGCCCCAGAACCCUCUGAGUGCGGCCCAGGCCUUCAGCCCGCGGGAGGUUGGGAGUGAGGAGGAGGAGCUGAGACUUAGUGCCCACACCCUGUUGCUGCCCACCCGGGGCCAGCUGGAGGCCCGCAUGAUGGUCACCGCUUUUGAGCUGGGCCUGGACAACGUCACGGAGGACGCCGUCAGCACCAUGGUCCACGCAGUGGAGAACCACCUGAAGGACAUGCUGACUGCUGUGGUGUCCAGGAGGAAGGCCUACCAGCUGCGUGACGGACACUUCCCCUAUGCCUUCGGCAGUGAUGUCACCCCCCAGCCCUACUUGAAGAACAGCCUGGCAGCCUACCACAUUGUCACAGAUUGCCCACCUCACAGUGCAUCUCGUCUGGCCGGACCGCCGCCCCCUCAGCUAUUACAAGACGAUGCUGAGCAGCAGGCUGCUCUCCUAUUGGCCUGUUCUGGUGACAGUCUCCUUGCGCCCCUCCCUCCCAUCAGCAUGUUUGAUCUCCUGGAAGCGUUACAGGUCCACCGAGGUGUGAUGCCCUCUCACACCAUGUAUGCCCUGAACAUGGAACGGAUCCUGUCCCGGCUGUGGCAUCCCAGUCACGAGGAGCUGGAGCAGGACCAUGUGCACCAUCAACGCCUCGCAGGGAAGGAUGGUCUGCUCGUCAGCUGAGACGCACACAGACAGUCUGGUGGAUAGACAGGCAGAUUGUGGUGAGGGUAUGGCAGAGACAAAUGGAGAGUUUAACACGCACAGUGUUGAGGCAUCCAUAUGGCCCCUAAACCCUGUCUUGAAGCAGAGAGAGAGGAUGAUAUCGAAGACUGGAUUUAGUCUCCACUAGGUCUACUCCGUUAGAGGCUCUGCAACCGCUUCACCACGCAGCACAACUUUACACUAGUGUCAAUAACGUUUUUCGAACGCUUGGUAGAGUGCAAACCCAGCCUAAGAUGCACACAGUAGAUCUGUGUUUAAGGCUCACAGAACUGUGCUGUAAUGAAAAGGAAGGAAUGAAGGCCCAGUGGUGUGGUCACCGACAGCUUGUUAUGGCACUAACAUGUCUACACACACAGUGAUAUCUCUCCCAUAGCCUCUCUGACCCUCCUUUAAAUGCACCGUUAAUAAUGUCAAUUCGUUUGAGGAUGGGUGUGUUUCUGAUCACCUGGUGGGUUUAUUUUGUCGGUUAAUUUGUUUGAUAGAAUAGUGUUACUUUUGUAUUUCCCACGCCUCUGUGUACAAAUGUUAUUAUUGCGAUAUUGACAUGCUCUUGUAGAAUUAUGCCGGAGUAGUACACUUGGGUCCUUGUUCACUGUACUUUGUCAGAGCAAUGCAUUUAUUAGUAUGCAUGCAAAUAUGUAAAUAUGAUUUAUUUAAAAAAAAAAAAAUUUACACCAGCUAUCUUGUUUAAUAUCAAAGUCCACUUGAUCAAUAGUAAAUAAAUAAUAAUAAUAAAUAGUAAACGGUACUGUGCAGCCGUAUUCAUUGCCCCGGCCAAGGCUUUCGACUCUGUCAAUCACCACAUCCUCAUCGGCAGACUCAACAGCCUUGGUUUCUCAAAUGAUUGCCUCGACUGGUUCACCAACUACUUCUCCGACAGAGUUCAGUGUGUCAAAUCUGAGGGCCUGUUGUCCGGGCCUCUG